AUGUGGGGCUGGUUUGGCGGUGCCUCGGCGCAGAAGCAGAAGAACAGUCCCAAGAAUGCGAUCCUGGGGCUGCGCUCGCAGCUUGACAUGUUGCAGAAGCGCGAGAAGCAUCUACAGAACCAGAUCGAUGAGCAAGACGGUGUCGCCCGCAAGAACGUUAGCACGAACAAGAAUGCGGCCAAGGCGGCUUUAAGGCGCAAGAAGACACACGAGCACUCACUGGAGCAAACUGUAGCGCAGAUUGGAACACUGGAGCAACAGAUUAACGCGAUCGAGUCGGCAAAUAUCAACCGAGAGACGUUGGCGGCUAUGGAGAAUGCCGGCCAUGCCAUGAAGGGUAUUUACAAAAAUCUCACACCAGAGAAGGUGGACGAGACGAUGGAGACUCUGCGGGAACAGAAUGCGCUCAGCGAGGAGAUUGUCAACGCGAUUGGAAGUGCCACGAUCGGCGAGUACGAGGAUGAAGACGGCUUGCUGGAAGAACUGGAGCAGAUGCAACAGGAGCAGCUGGACGAGCAGAUGUUGAAGACAGGCAACGUUCCCGUGCUGGACGAAGUUCACAAGAUGCCCACUCCGGCAAACACAGAGCCUGUGUCGAACAAGAAGCAGGCAAUCGAAGAGGACGACGAGGAAGCCGAACUCCGCAAGCUGCAGGCGGAGAUGGCCAUGUGA